CAGGCGGUGGCGGGGGAGGAGGGGUCGGGGGCGUAAGCUUUUGAGGGACUUCUGGUGCCUGGUUUUUCCUUUAGCUUUGCUUGAGCCGAGACGCGGGCCCCCAGCGGCCGGCUGGAGUGUUGAUGUGUUGCGAGAGAAGGUAGCUUUUGCCGAGAGCAGUUCAAGUUGCUAGGAGGGCGCGACACCGGAGCUCUCCCCCAUGCCGGGCAAGUGGUGCGGCCCUGAGCUUUUCCUGGAGCCUGAACAACGCCUGUGAGAAGCCCGCGGAACGCGGGUACUGUGAAAGGACGUGGGGAAGAUUCGAUUCCGAGAAAAGGAAGCGCCGGAUUGAAAGGGAGCGAGGCCGCGAGGGGGAGGGGGCUGCCAAGAUGGCGACCGCCUCCUCUGGGCCAGCGGCGGCCGGGUUUUCAUCCCUUGAUACCCCUGUCCCUACCGGUACUGCAGCAGCAGCAUCUGGAAUCAAGAGAGCCACAGGAUCUGAGGGACCUAAUGCCUCUGUCAUGCCUGUCAAGAAAAUAGGCCACAGAAGUGUUGAUCCCUCCGGAGAGACUACAUAUAAAAAGACAACUUCAUCAGCCUUGAAAGGUGCCAUCCAGUUAGGCAUCACUCAUACUGUGGGCAGCCUGAGCACCAAACCAGAGCGAGAUGUCCUCAUGCAAGACUUCUACGUGGUGGAGAGCAUCUUCUUUCCCAGUGAAGGGAGCAACCUGACACCGGCUCAUCACUACAAUGACUUUCGUUUCAAGACCUAUGCACCUGUUGCCUUCCGUUACUUUCGAGAGCUUUUUGGCAUCCGGCCUGAUGAUUAUUUGUAUUCCCUUUGCAGUGAGCCAUUGAUUGAACUCUGCAAUUCUGGAGCCAGUGGCUCCCUUUUCUAUGUGUCCAGUGAUGAUGAGUUCAUCAUUAAGACAGUCCAGCAUAAAGAGGCAGAGUUUCUGCAGAAGCUGCUUCCAGGAUACUACAUGAAUCUUAACCAAAACCCUCGAACGCUGCUGCCCAAAUUCUAUGGACUGUACUGUGUACAAGCAGGUGGCAAGAACAUACGGAUUGUGGUGAUGAACAAUCUCUUACCUCGGUCAGUCAAAAUGCAUAUGAAAUAUGACCUGAAGGGUUCGACUUACAAGCGACGGGCUUCUCAGAAAGAGCGAGAGAAGACUCUCCCCACCUUCAAAGACCUGGACUUCCUUCAAGAUAUUCCUGAUGGUCUCUUUUUAGAUGCUGACAUGCACAGUGCUCUGUGUAAGACUCUGCAGCGGGACUGUCUGGUGCUACAGAGCUUCAAGAUAAUGGACUACAGUCUCUUGAUGUCAAUCCACAACAUGGAUCAUGCACAACGAGAGCCCGUGAACAGUGAGGCCCAGUAUGCAGCUGACACUCGCAGACCAGCUCCGCAGAAGGCACUUUAUUCCACAGCAAUGGAAUCUAUCCAGGGCGAGGUUCGACGGGGUGGCACCGUGGAGACUGAGGACCACAUGGGCGGCAUCCCUGCCCGGAACAACAAAGGGGAGAGACUCCUGCUUUAUAUUGGCAUCAUUGAUAUUCUGCAGUCCUACAGGUUUGUUAAGAAGUUGGAGCACUCCUGGAAGGCACUGGUCCAUGAUGGGGAUACAGUGUCAGUGCAUCGUCCAGGCUUCUAUGCCGAGCGGUUCCAGCGCUUCAUGUGCAACACGGUGUUCAAAAAGAUCCCCUUGAAGCCUUCUCCUUCCAAAAAGUUUCGGUCUGGCUCAUCUUUCUCUCGGCGAUCAGGCCCCAGCGGCAACUCCUGCAUUACUUUCCAGCCAUCGGUCUCUGGGGAACAUAAAGCACAAGUGACAACAAAGGCGGAAGUGGAGCCAGAUGUACACCUUGGGCGUCCUGAUGUCUUACCUCAGACUCCACCUUUGGAGGAGAUCAAUGAGGGGUCAGCUGUUCUCAGCCCUAGUUUCUCACCUGUAGUUGGAGAGCCUUUGCAAAUAAUGAAUUUGAGUUCAACCUUGGAAAAGCUUGAAAUUGUGGAGUCAGAGUUCAUCCAUUGAGCCAUGAGCCUCAGAAGACCUGAAACAAGACGCUAUUAUCGCUUUGAUCUCAAGAAGUCAGCCCUUGCCCCAGGAAUGCUGAGUCAUCAGGAGAGGAGAGAAACACGGAGCUACAAGGCUCUCGGCCACCAUCUCCCUUCCUCUGGGCAUUAGUGCCUUUGACAGUUGAGGACAGCAGUGUGCCCACCACUCCAGAAUUGGGUGGCAUGAAUUUUCCAUUGGCCGCCGUGGCUUCUAUAACUGAAUAUUUUUCAAAACCCCCGUUCUUUGUGCUGGACAUGGGGUUGCUGGACUAGGUGGUUUUCUUCUCUUUACCUUUCACCUGGAGCUGGACUCUGAAUUUCCUCAGGAUAGACUAGCUGGAUAUCGUUGCUACCUUCGCUCUUUCCUCUGGUCUUUGAAAAGAGCCCAGUGGUUUUUAUAAAGGUUUUUGAGCGAGAGUGAGGAUGACCUUACUCCUAGUUUUCUCUUUCCUUAAAAAAGGGAAAAGAACAAACGGCACCAGCGUGAGUCUGAGCCCGUCUCAGAAGCCCUGGAAGUGCUGAGGGCGAGCCCGGGUGCUUGUGAAGCAGAAAGGCCGGGCUGCCCCGCCAGCAGCUGCUGCUCUGUUUCCCUCAUUUGAGGCUGAGGGAAUGAAGAGGGCAUGGCUACCCUUUAUAAGACAGUGGGGCAGCCAUGUUAGCAGAGUGGACCUUAGCAGGACCCUCCUCACUGCCAGGUCAUGCAGGUAUUACUAUUUUGCAAUUUGGAAUGUAUUCUAAUAGUUUUUCUAAACGUAAAGAAUUAUGAAAUGAUUUUAGACCAUUCUCCAAAGGAGAUUUCUUUGUUCUUCCGUAUUUUCCAACAGUAUUCUGCUCUUUGUGGAGCUGUGGUGGAGGGAGACGUUGGUGUCUGUCUAACAGGCAGUCUGUAUCUAUGAGGCUAGAGAAUAUUUUCCUAAACUCCAGGGAGCCGUGGGCUCUCCUCAGUAAGUUGCCAUGCCGCCUGGCCUGCCCCCUUAACUCUGUAGAGAAGUUGGAAUGGGGCCACAUAAGCCCCUGUUCCCUCUCAGAUUAUGAUCCGUUUGGUCCUGGCUGGAGGGGCAGUGCAUGAUGUUGAAGGCAGGCUGUUGAAAUCUUACGUCAUCACUGCUCCUUCCCGUCUUACCUUGAUAGCAGGUUAGCCAACCCCCACGUAACUGUCUAUAUUAGACACCCCAGCCAGCUUCUGGCUGCCUGUCUUUGCUGCCAUGUUCUUUUUUACACGAAGGAAAGAAACAAUUCUUGCUAUUUUUUUUUUCGUAAUUUACUAUUUAUGAUGUAUUUAAGUGUUUUAUUCAGGACAGAGUUCUGUAAGGGGUGGGAGGGAGCACUCAAGGGAGGGCUGGGACUUGGGGAAAGGAUAAGGGAUUCAACAUUUUUAUGGAGUGUUCCUAUUUGCCUCUACUUUGUAUUGUUGAAAAAAAUGACAGAUGCAAUAUGAAAGUAAUAAAUAUCUGUUUUAAUGU